UCUCUCUCUCUCACCCCAACAAGAGAGAAAAGGGCUGAGGGAGUUGGCACGUGCCCUAAACUCCCCAACCCCACCACGUUGAAAUCUCGGUCACCUGACCGACCCGACCCGAGAGAGAGAAGCUGAAGACACCGAAUUGGCUGUCCACGUUUCACAAAACCUCUGUAAAACCUUUGCUUUUUUGGUUUUUCUUUCCCUCUAAAACCCCUCCAAGCGUCCAAGGCCUUCUUCGUCGCUUUCACCUCUUUUUCUUCGUUCCCUUUCUCCAAGCUUUUUCAAUGUUUCACUCCGUCACCGAGGACACGCACACUCUGCAGUGAGAGAGAGAGAGGCUAGCUCAUGGGCAGUCAAGCCAUGAGCGCUCUUGUUCCAUUCUCUCCUUGGAUUCCCGAGGAUGAUAUUUUGCUCAAGAACGCGGUUGAGGCUGGUGCUUCUUUGGAGUCACUUGCUAAAGGGGCAGUGCAUUUUUCUCGAAGAUUUACUAUUCGUGAACUGCAAGAUCGGUGGUAUUCUCUCCUAUAUGAUCCGGUUGUUUCUGCCAACGCUUCUGCUCGCAUGGUUGAGUUCGAGUGUUCCACUCCAACUCUCCCUAUAGAUAGACCGGGAAAUUCAAAAGAAAACAAAUGUGAAUCUGGAAAGAGAAAAGCUGAAAGUGUUCGCAGUUGUUACUAUGCUCUGCGUAAAAGGAUCUGCAAUGAGCCAUUUAACUCCAUGGGCCUUAAUUUUCUUGUUCAACCCAGUAAUAUUAAUUAUGUUGGAAAUGAAGAUGAGCCUCUUUAUGGAAAUUGCAUGACUGGAGAUCCGACCCCUAUUGGCCUUGAGAGGUCAGAUAUGGAUACUCUUCAAAAUCUGAUGGAUGGUGGUACUGCCACUGGCGGUGUAGUUACUGCUGAUACCUUUAAUACAGGACUCCAGAUUCCAGCCGAAAGUGAUUUUCAUAUGGAACAGGAUAAUAUACAUAAAGAAGUUCCUCACAUUCUUGGAGACAAUAUGCCCUUCAGACGGAAUGGAUCUGAGGUGGAGGAAUUCAAUCAGCCAAAGGAAUUGCCAGAGUGCAGCUUGUUCAAUGCUGAUGACUUAGGAAUGGAACCUCCGUAUACACUUGAUCAAAGUAAUGGUGACGAUGGAAAUAUGUGCACAAAGUUUGAAGGGAAUCAAACCUUUAAUUCAUCCGUUUCAGACAAUGGUGCAUCGUUUCACAACUUGGAGUAUUCAUCUCCACUUCCUGGGAUGCCUAUCUGGAGAACAGGUGCAGAACCGGCUAUGCCAGUUGAUGUCGAUGUUGGUCUUGGGGAAAAUGAUCUAUGCACCAGCGAUACUUUUGAACUUCCUGAUGAUAUUGAUGCUAACAACACAAGAACAUCAGAGUAUGAUGUUCAACUGGGGAUGGAGGUGAAAGCUGACAUGCCAUGUGGUGAUUUCAAGAGUGCAGCAGCUCCUGCGAGUACUGAAGGUUAUUUGGCAGAAUUGUCCAAUUCACUUUUAAACUUUACUAAUGAGGAGCUCAUGCUCAUGACUGCUGAUGGAAAAGACGUGAUUGAUAAGUCUUACUAUGAUGGCCUGAGCUCACUUUUGUUGAGUUCACCAAAUGAUGAUGCUCGUCAAGAACAGACAAUUGAUAUAACUGAGCCAGAAACAUCUGUAGCUCCAGUGAUGUAUUCCAUGAAUCCAUCAAGUUCGGAUCCUGGAGUGGUAGAUGACACUAAGGGGUCCCAAAAUGCUGAUGAACAUAUGGCUUGUCAUUCGGAGACUCUGAUGCAAUCAUCUUCAACAGCUUCAAACUAUCAAUAUCCUGAACUGAAAGAUGGAGUUAUCUGCUGCACAUUAAACACCGAGGACUUGGAAAUUCCAUGCAAUGAUGAUGUUUUUAUACCAAAUCAUGUUCUCCAGUCAUCAACUUUCUCUGAAGUAGAAUGGGAUUUGCAAGAAGUGAAUAAGCUAAUAUCUUCAUCCAGUAAUGAUUUACCUGUCAAUCAAAGAAAUAGUGACACAGGGCCAUGCUUUAUGCGCACAGAGAAAAAAAAACCUGGAGAACCUCAUAGGUCUUCUCCAAUUAAAGGAUCACACCACUUACAAGAAAUGGAUCCAAAACCUCCACUGGAUAAUUUUGGGGUUAAAUUUGAGCUGUCCAAGACUGACCCCAGCGAAGUGGCUUCUAAGAAUCCAGGUCAUGUGAGUGAAGGUCUAGGUCAGAUUUAUUCAGCCAAUCCAAAUACAAAUCCUGUACCUGGAAUUCUGGAGACUAGACAAAGUAUAUUGGCAAAGCGCCUCAGCUAUAAGUCAACUGAGCUUCGUAUGGAGAAGCCAGAUCUUGAUUAUAAUAGUUUUAAAAGCUAUCCUCAGACAAAUGCUCGUGUCAGUAAACAGGAGCUUGAUCCAACUGCUACAAGUAGAGAUCAUAAAACAUUACAUGCAGAAGUGAUGCCUGAGCAUAAUGCUGUCUCAGAACCAGAAUUAAGCCCACGGACGUCAGAUCAACUGGGGCUUUUUGAGAGUGAUGAUGAUGUACCAUGUUAUUCGGAUAUAGAGGCAAUGAUACUUGAUAUGGAUUUGGAUCCAGAUGACCAGGACUUGUAUUCUCGUGAGGACGUCUCAAGAUAUCAGCAUGAGGACACUAAGAGGAGAAUCAUAAGGCUGGAGCAGGGUGCUUAUUCGUAUUUGCAAAGAGCCAUUGCAUCUCAUGGAGCAUUUGCCAUUUUGUAUGGGCGUCAUUCUAAGCAUUAUAUUAAGAAGCCAGAGGUUUUAUUGGGUAGAGCAACUGAAGAUGCGAUUGUUGACAUUGACUUGGGAAGAGAAGGACGUGGUAAUAAAAUCUCUCGACAACAGGCAAUGAUAAAGAUGGACAAAGGCGGAUAUUUCUAUCUGAAAAAUCUUGGGAAGUGUUCAAUCUCAGUAAAUAGCAAGGAAGUAGCCCCUGGACAGAGUCUAAGCCUUAGUUCGAGCUGCUUGAUUGAGAUUAGGGGAAUGCCGUUCAUAUUUGAGACGAACCAAACUCGUGUGAAGCAGUAUAUGGAUAGCAUGACCAAGGUUAGCUCAAAGCAAGAGUAGAGACAUAAGAGCACCAAUUGUGAAUGAUAAUGGAGGUGCCGUGAACGGUAUUGUAUUCGGAAGGUGCUAAUUUUUCCUGCAGCUUCUGGGUUCUCUAGUUAAGCCACUUUUCUGUUGUAUGUAACUACUGUUGAAGGUGGUCUGAAUCUAAGAAGGCAUUUGUUUUCACAUGUCGUUUAAAUUUACAUGAUCGAGCAUUCGCUUAAUAUGAAUGCACAGCAUAUAGUAUACCUGACGAAAGAGAAGAAAAAGUUGCACCACGAUUAGGAAGAGAUAUAUAGUGUUCACAAGGACUGGCAGGUGACAGGAGUGAUUUUAAAGUUUCAUAAUGGAAUGGAAAGGCGCGAGAUGUUUUUUUCAAA